AUGUCAAGAUGGGCCGCCAGAGCAAGCUACAAGGCCGCCUCAUUGGCCUCUGCCCCGCGCUUCAGCCUCGCGCCCCUCGCCAAAGCAACAUCCUUCCUGUCUCGGGCACAUAGGCAACCCCUCUCCACGGUACGACGUGUCAUGGUCUCGUCUUCACCGUCUCCUCUCACCAGACUAUCAAUUGUCCAAAGACAUCUCAGCAUGAACGCUCAAGAAAUCAAGAACUUCCUGGCGGAUUCGCCUCCAAGCACUGUCAACCUCGAAAUCAAGAAGCACUUUGACGCGCUGACCGACCAGCAAGCUCGCUAUGCACACUACAUAAGCAGAGCUGCCUUCACUGGAACUAGAAUCACCCUCCGUCAAGUCUCCCCAGAAUCCGAAAGCAUCUACGACUUCAUAGUCGAGCUAUACAAAUUUACAAAUGGCGACUGGAAGGCUUUGCAGGAGAAGGCUGGUAUUACGAAUGAAGAACUGCAGCAGUUCCUCGAAUACUCGACUCAGUUUUUAGGCAAUUGUGGUAACUACAAGGGCUUUGGAGAUGCCAAAUUCGUUCCACGAUGCAGCGAGAAAGUCUUUGAUUCUUUGGCUACUACUGCCCCUAAAGCUGCGGAACAUUACAAGGCAACAAAUGGAGCUAUUUUCUCAAGUGACAAUUCUGGAAUUAUGCACUUAGGAUACCUAGAGGAUGGACAUAUGACAACUUACUAUCCCGACUCCAAAGGAAUCACGAAGGCAGAAAUUGGAGCUGUGUCUGAUUUCAUGGCCAAGAUCGGGCUGCUUGUGGAAAACACUCGACUGAGAAAGAAUCCAGACGGAAACUUUGAAUUGUUGAUUGCAUCGGCAGUAACUAAAGUUCCCGCAGCUGGUGGAGAUGUUGGCACGACCACAGAGUUCGAUCUUGAAGCCGAUGUGGUAAAGGGUAAGAAGCUAAAGUUGGUGUACGGUGAUUAUUCCAAGGAGAUGGCUCUCAUUACCGAGUAUCACAAGAAGGCUGCCGAAAACUCUGCCAACGAGAAUCAAAAGAAGAUGCAACUUGCCUAUGUCAAGUCCUUCGAAGAGGGUUCUCUUGAGGCUUUCAAGGAUGCGCAGAGAUACUGGAUCAGAGAUAAAGGUCCCAUGGUUGAAUCCAACAUCGGGUUCGUCGAGACUUAUCGGGAUCCUCAUGGUGUUCGUGGAGAAUGGGAAGGUUUUGCGUCUAUGGUGAAUCUGGAACGCACAAGAGCAUUUGGGUCCCUCGUUGAUGCUGCCGAAGCGAUGAUCCCAAAGCUUCCGUGGUCAACUGAGUUUGAGAAGGACAAAUUCCUGAGCCCCGAUUUCACCAGUUUGGAGGUGUUAUCUUUCGCUGGGUCUGGAAUUCCGGCAGGAAUUAAUAUCCCAAAUUACGAUGAUAUCCGUCAGUCAGAAGGGUUCAAGAACGUCAGCCUGGGCAACGUUCUCAGUGCCAAGGCACCCAACGAGAAGAUUCCAUUCAUCUCUGAGGCCGACCUUCCCAUAUACCAGAAAUACCGUGAUGCUGCUUUCGAGGUCCAAGUCGGCAUCCAUGAACUUCUAGGUCACGGCACCGGAAAGCUUCUACAGGAGACAGAGCCCGGCAAGUUCAACUUCGAUCCUAAGAAUCCACCCAUCAGUCCUAUUACCAACAAGCCAGUCACCACCUACUACAAACCAGGACAGACAUGGGGCUCGGUAUUCGGCAGCGUGGCAUCAAGCUAUGAGGAGUGUCGAGCUGAGACUGUUGCCAUGGCCCUGUCUUGUGAUUUCGAGAUUCUCAAGAUUUUUGGCUUUGGAGAUGGCUCACCAGAUAUGGAUGGAGAAGCUGGAGACGUACUGUACGCAGCUUAUCUCUCCAUGGCUCGCGCUGGAGUUGCAUCGCUCGAGAUGUGGGAUCCAAAGUCCAGACGCUGGGGUCAAGCACACUCUCAAGCUCGAUUCAGUAUCUUGAAGUGUUUCCUCGAUGCACCAGACGACUUCUGCAAGCUUGACUACAAGAACGAGGAUCUUUCAGAUCUUACAAUCAAGCUUGACCGAAGCAAGAUCACCACAGUCGGACGAAAGGCUGUCGAGUCGUACUUACAGAAGCUUCACAUCUACAAGUCAACAGCUGAUUUGGAGGCCGGUACUGCUCUAUAUGCUGAGAUGACCGAGGUAGAACCUAAGUGGUGGGGUGAGACGCUCAGAAAUGAGGUCCUGAGGAACAAGCAACCAAGAAAGGUUUUCGUGCAGGCCAACACAAUACUUGACGGGGCAAGUGGAAAGGUUUCGUUGGUGGAAUAUGAGCCUACCUUGGAGGGUAUGAUCAAGAGCUAUGCGGAGAGAAAUGUCUGA